AUGAAAGAUUCAUCUCAAUCCGAUCUAGAAUCAACACGUUUUAUUCAUGAAAUAAUCUUUCCAAAGUUAAACAAUCGAAUAAAUUUUCCCAUACCAAAAGAAGCGUUACCAAAGGAUAUCAUAUGUAAAAAAUGUAAAGCAAUAUCUACCGACGUAACUGAAUUUAAUAAACAUGCUAGACAAAGACAUCGUCUUCCAUACUUGUGUGAUAUUUGUUCCAAAAUAUUUGAUAGUAAAAAGGAAAAGGCUGAUCAUUUAGAGAAAGAACACGUUAAGGAAUUUCGGUGUGAAUUUUGUACCAAAACGUUUUGGCAACAAAAGAUUUUAAAUGGUCACAUUAAAGAUAAGCAUUAUAAUCGUAAAACCGAUACUCUCGAAGUUAGAGUUGAAUUUGAAUUUUUGAAUCAAUUAAAUGUUUCAUCACCACAAUUGAAGAGAGAAUUUUUCAUUCAUGAAAUCGUGAUGGAAGAAAUCAAGUUUAAAAAUACACAAAAGGAGAAUGAAACCAAAGAGAAGCCUACAGAAGGGUCAUUGGAUACCUCAACUUUGACGGAAAUCAUUUCACCACCCGCGACAUCAUCCACCUCACCCUCUGGACCAAAAAAAAUGAAAUGUAAAUUAUGUGAGGAAUUAUACGAUGAUAAUGUAACGUUUAAUAAACAUGCAAAGAAUUCACAUGGUUAUAGAAUUUUAUGCAAAUUUUGUUCCCAAGUCUUUUUUGAUAAAUCCACUUUAGAAUUUCAUCAUAUGAUUAAACAUGAUAAAAGUUUUUUUUGCAGAGAGUGUAGUAAAAAAUUUUGGGAACAAAAAAAUUUAGAUGAGCAUUAUAUUGAUAAGCAUCAGAAAUAUUAA